AUGGCGAAUGACGAGUCAGGUAGCGCCACGCGCGACCUGCUACAAUACCUUAUUUUUGCGGCGCUUGUCGUGAUUGGCGUCUCGCCCUUGCUGCUCAUGCUCAUGAAAAACGUGACAUACCGCGAACGACUACGGGCUGUCUUCGCUUGCAGGGACUGCAGCGUCCCGCGGCGCGUUCGCUACGAUGAGGCUGAUCUACGGACGUUGAGGGAGUUGGAGGAUCCGCCACAAGGCGAUCGAAUGGGCAUCAACGGAGCCUAUCGAAUGUACCAGGCGCGGCGUUCGCGCAUGUCGCUGCGUCUGGCGUCUUGGCGUGAGGACGUCAAACGCUGCGGCGGAGAAGAUGACCGCUUGCAUCACAAGCUGGCGCAGCUCAGGGACGCGCACCACGAGUGCCAACGCCGAUCAGCUGCUGCCGCUGCUCAAAGCAGGGAAUCCGUGAUUGGUAUCACGUCGACGCUCGCUGUGCCGUUUGACGUGCACGUGGUGCAGAUUCACGACCGCGUGGACGAGUCCAGCUACGGCUCUAUACCGGCAGCGCUUUUCCACGGGUCGGACGUUUCGAAGGAAUCGGAUGAAGAGUCAGUGUACGUGAUGAUACCAGCUACUCCCCGAAACGAGUCGCGGGUGCACGCUGGUCGGUAUUCGGUUGGCAGUGCUGGAGAAGAAGAGGAGGAGAAAGAAGACGUGGCGGUCUGA